AUGGAUAUUGUCACGGGUGCCAUUGCCAAGCUGAUCCCCAAGCUGGCCGACCUACUUGUGGGGGUGUACAAGCUGCACAAGAACGUCAAGAAAAAUAUCGAGGACCUCCUGAAGGAGCUUGAGAGCAUGAACGUUGCCCUCGUCAAGAUUGGUGAGGUGCCGCGGGACCAGCUCGACAAACAAGACAAGCUCUGGGCCGAUGAGGUCAGAGAGCUAUCCUACAUCAUUGAGGAUGUCAUCGAUAAGUUCCUCGUACGAGUCAACCACAUUCAGCCAGACGACACCACAAACAAAUUCAAGCGGCUCAUGAAGAGGACGACCAAGUUGCUGAAGAAAGUCAAGGAUAAGUAUGGGAUAGCUCACGCAAUCAAGGACAUCCAGGAGCAACUCCAGAAGGUGGCCGCUAGGCGUGACAGGAACAAGGUAGUUGUUCCUAAUCCUACGGAACCAAUUUCUAUUGAUCCUUGUCUUCGAGCUUUGUACACAGAAGCGACAGAGCUGGUUGGCAUAUAUGGGAAGAGGGAUCAGGAGCUCAUGAGGUUGCUCUCCAUGGAGAGAGAUGAUGCCUCUAACAAUAGAUUGAAGAAGGUCUCCAUUGUUGGAUUUGGAGGGUUGGGCAAGACCACUCUUGCUAGAGCAGUAUAUGACAAGAUUAAAGGUGAUUUUGAUUGUCGGGCAUUUGUUCCCGUCGGUCAGAACCCUGACAUGAAGAAGGUUUUAAGGGAUAUUCUCAUUGAUCUCGGCAACCCUCACUCAGAUCUUGCGAUACUGGAUGCCAAUCAGCUUAUUAAAAUGCUUCAUGAGUUCCUAGAGAACAAAAGGUAUCUCGUCAUAAUUGAUGAUAUAUGGGAUGAAAAAUUGUGGGAAGGCAUCAACUUUGCUUUCUCCAGCAAGAAUAAUCUACGCUGUCGGCUAAUCACCACAACCCGCAUUGUUAGUGUCUCCAAUUCAUGUUGCUCGUCCGCUGAUGAUUCAGUUUAUCAAAUGAAACCUCUUUCUAGUGAUGACUCCCGAAGGCUCUUCCAUAAAAGAAUAUUUCCUGACGAUAGUGGAUGUCCAAAUGAAUAUGAACAAGUGUCUAAAGAUAUAUUGAAGAAAUGUGGUGGGGUACCACUAGCCAUCAUUACUAUUGCUAGUGUUUUGACUAGUGACCAGCAGGUGAAAACAAAGCAUGAGUGGGAUAUUCUGCUCCAGUUCCUUGGCUCUGGACUAACAGAAGAUAACAGUUUAGAGGAGAUGCGGAGAAUACUAUCUUUCAGCUAUUAUAAUCUACCCUCUCAUCUGAAAACUUGUCUACUGUACCUAUGUAUAUAUCCAGAAGAUACCAUGAUUGAUAGAGAUAGACUCAUAUGGAAGUGGGUGGCCGAAGGAUUUGUCCACCAUGGAAAGCAAGGGACCAGCCUGUUUUUGGUCGGAUUGAACUACUUCAACCAGCUCAUUAAUAGAAGUAUGAUCCAGCCAAUAUAUAAUGAUCUAGGCCAGGUAUAUGCUUGUCGUGUACAUGAUAUGGUUUUGGGCCUUCUCUGCAACUUGUCACAUGCAGCAAAGUUUGUCAAGUUAUUGGAUGGCACUCGGUAUAACAUGUCUUCACAAAGUAAUGUUCGUCGUUUGUCCCUUCAAGAUGGAAAUGAAGAUCAGCAAAUCAUGCCUCUCACAAAUUUUGUAAGGUCAAUUACUGUCUUCCCACCUGCUGUUAGUAUCAUGCCAGCUCUAUCAAAGUUUGAAGUUCUGCGUGUACUUGAUCUGUCAGACUGUUAUCUGAAAAGAAGUAGCAGCCUACAGCUUAACCUCAAGGAUGUUGGACACUUAAUUCACCUAAGGUACCUUGGUCUAGCACGUACUGGAAUUAGUGAACUCCCAGCUGAGAUAGGAAACCUGCAGUUUUUGGAGGUGCUGAAUAUUGGAAGUAGUUCUCAGCUAAGUAGAUUGCCGUCGAUUGUUUGCAAGUUGAGAAGAUUACUCUGCCUAAAUGUUUGUCUCUCUGAGGUGGUUCCAGCUGGUGUGUUGCAGAAUCUUACGUCCAUCGAAGUGUUGAAGAAUAUCUUGGUCUGUCUGAACGUUAUUGCACAAGAGCUUGGCAACCUAGUAAGGCUGAGGGAGCUUGUGGUUUCCUUCAAGAAUGGUAGUUUGCAUUUGUAUGAAGGUUUCGUGGAGUCUCUGUGCAACCUACAUCACAUCGAAAUUCUAAGUAUUUAUCGCCAUUCCAGUGAAACAUCUUUUGAGCUGAUGGAUCUCUUGGGAGAACGUUGGGUGCCUCCUGUACAUCUCCGCGAAUUUAUAUCUUGGAUGCCCAGCAAACUCUCUGCACUUCGAAGGUGGAUAAAGAAAGACCCCUCGCAUCUCUCAAACCUCUCCGAGUUAACCCUCUCGCGAGUGAAUGAUGUGCAGCAGGAGGACGUGGAAAUCAUUGGGAGGUUGUUGUCCCUUCGUCGUCUCCGCAUAAAGAGCACCCACCAAACACAACGAAUAUUUCCCGACAAGAGUGGAUGUCCAAAUGAAUUUGAACAAGUGUCCAAAGAUAUAUUGAAAAAAUGUGGUGGAGUACCACUGGCCAUCAUUACUAUUGCUAGUGCUUUGGCUAGUGGCCAGAAGGUGAAACCAAAGCAUGAGUGGGAUAUUAUGCUCCAGUCCCUUGGCUCCGGACUAACAAAAGAUAACAGUUUGGUUGAGAUGCGGAGAAUACUAUGUUUCAGCUAUUAUAAUCUGCCGUCUCAUCUGAAAACUUGUCUACUUUACCUAUGUAUAUAUCCAGAAGAUAGCACAAUUGAUAGAGAUGGACUGAUAUGGAAGUGGGUGGCCGAAGGAUUUAUCCACCAUGGAGAUCAAGGGACUAGCCUGUUUUUGCUUGGAUUAAAUUACUUCAACCAGCUCAUUAAUAGAAGUAUGAUCCAGCCAAUAUAUGAUAGUUUAGGCCAGGUAUAUGCUUGUCGUGUGCAUGAUAUGGUUCUGGACCUUAUCUGCAGCUUGUCACAUGAAGCAAAGUUUGUUAAUGUAUUGCAUGGCACUGGGAAUAGCAUAUCUUCACAAAGUAAUGUCCGCCGUCUGUCCCUUCAGAAUAAAGUGGAAGAUCAUCAAGCCAAGCCUCUCACAAAUAUCAUGAGUAUGUCACGAGUGAGGUCAAUUACUAUCUUUCCACCUGUUGUUAGUAUGAUGCCAAGUCUGUCAAUGUUUGAAGUUCUGCGUGUACUUGAUCUGUCGGAUUGUAAUCUGGGAGAAAGUAGCAGCCUGCAGCUUAACCUCAAGGGUGUUGGACAUUUAAUCCACCUAAGGUACCUUGGUCUAGCAGGUACUCAAAUUAGUGAACUCUCGACUGAGAUAGGAAACCUGCAAUUUUUGGAGGUGUUGGAUCUUGCAAGGAAUCGUACGCUAGAUGAAUUGCCUUCCACUCUUUUUAAAUUGAGAAGAUUAAUCUACCUAAAUGUUUAUCUCAGUGAGGUGGUUCCAACUCCUGGUGUGUUGCAGAAUCUUACAUCCAUUGAAGUGUUCAGGGGGCUCUUGGUCUCUCUGAACAUCAUUGCACAAGAGCUUGGCAACUUGGCAAGGCUGAGGGAGCUUCAGAUUCGCUUCAAGGAUGGUAGUUUGGAUUUGUAUGAAGGUUUCGUGAAGUCUCUGUGCAACCUACAUCACAUCGAAAUUCUAAUUAUUGGUAACAAUUCGGAAGAAACAUCUUUUGAACUGAUGGAUCUCUUGGGAGAACGCUGGGUGCCUCCUGUACAUCUCCGCAAAUUUGUGUCUUCCAUGCCCAGCCAACUCUCUGCACUGCGAGGGUGGAUAAAGAGAGACCCCUCUCAUCUCUCGAACCUCUCUGAGUUAAUCCUUAUGCGAGUGAAGGAAGUGCAGCAGGAGGACAUGGAAAUCAUUGGGGGUUUGCUGUCCCUUUGCCGGCUCCGCAUAAAGAUCACCCACCAAACACAAUGGCUGCUAGUUAUCCCUGCAGAUGGGUUCCGCUGUAUGGUAGACUUUAAGCUGGAUUGUGGAUCAGCAGCGCAGAUAAUGUUUGAAUCAGGUGCUUUGCCCAGGGUGGAAGAAGUUUGGUUCAGUCUGGGCGUGCGGGUGGCGAAAGAGGAUGGUAACUAUGGUUUCGACUUGGGCCUGCAGGGGAACCUGCUCUCCAUUCGGCGGCAUGUUAUUGUUUUUCUGUAUCCUGGUGGAGCGAGGGUUGGGGAGGCAAAGGAAGCCAAGGCUGCAGUGAGGCACGCACUUGAAGCCCGUCCCAACCAUCCCCCGAUUAUAAUUGAUAUGGUCCCACUUAUAGCAGUGCGCAUGAUGAUGAUAUGUGUGAGGAGAACUGAUUUAUGA